CCGCCGACUCCACUCACGUCGCGUCGACUCGCCGGCCCGAAUCAGCUCCAGCCGCACAGGUCGCCAUCGCCGGCCGAAAACAUGUACCGAGCUGAACAGCCGCGUCUCAUUGGUCUGGACUAUGCCUCCGGCCGGCAAGACCACCGAGGCCUGGCUUCGAGCGGCGUCCGACCGUCCGAGAGGUACUCCCGAGCCAGCUACCCCAGCCCGAGCUCGAGGCCCCACGUCGAUCCGGCUUCUCGAGGCCCGGCCGUGCGUGGGUCCGACCCCCGGCCCGCCCACGACCUCCGUCCCGUUGCCCAGUCGUCCUCCACCAACGGACCCCCGCAACUCUCCUCCGCCACCGUCUUCGCUGCACACAGGCCCCGGCAACCCGGUCUCGAGGCUCCGGGUGGCGCCUUCCAGCCCUCGGGCACGGACGAGGAGUACACCCCGACGCCGCAGCGCAGACCGCCCCAAUUGGUCGGCCGCCCCGCCAGACACACCCUCAACAGUGAGGGCCAUUGGAAUCAGAGUGAGUCCUUAGCUCUGACCAAUCAGACCUGGCGACCUUUUUGCGUUGUCGAGACUACCACCUCAGCAGAGCUGGAGCUGGAGGUCAGUCUUGUUGCAGACUCAUAUCGUCAUGCCUUUUUUCGAAGCGUGAAUUCCAGCUACGACGAUGUAUGUCAUGUGGAGGAUGUAAACCUCGACAGCAUCAACCGGAACGUCAUAACUGAGCUGCAUCAGCGAGACCCGGCUGCUACAAGCUUGUGUGCUUCUGUUGUCGACGUUAUGCUGGCGAGACGUGUCGGUCUCUCCGCCAAAGAUUAG